AUGCAUCCCCUGCGGCUGACUAACUUCUGUCUUUUGCUUAUAGUGAGUGACAUCAGCAAGCAAUUGGAGCUUAGACCGGACAUGGCUAAGGUCCGCCGUGCUUUGAACAUCUCUUUAAAGUUUCGCGAGUGGCGUUGGCUGUUGAGCGAGUACCGAGAGGUAGACGGUGGUUUGCCCCCUACCAAGGAUGUCAAAAGGUGA